UCGUAUCUUUUACUUCGUUCUCUGUUUAGCUGUAUUACCUCGCGUCCUUAGCGUUUUGACGUUGUGUUUUCAUUUAUUGAUCAAGUUUGGGAUAUAGGAGAAGUGGAUCAAUACCAUAUAGUCUUGCGUACUUGCUCCUUAUUUUAAAAGAUUGUUAAAUAGUGAUGUUUUCAAUGAGAAAAUCUAAAUCCAAGUUUUAAAUGCCUAAUGCUAGGACCAAAUAGUAAGUAAACAAAUAUCAAAAUGCAUCGACGAGGCGGGAAACGCAUUCGGAUGGAUGAUCCUCCACCGGAGUAUGUAAACCCUAUGACUCCCGCAACUCCUAUGACUGACUAUGGCGGACAGUCUGUACAUGAACCGGAAACACCCAAUGUGAAUUAUUCGGGCUUUAAUGUAGGGGCCGUCGCUAAUUCUACCAUAGCAGAAGCCGCCCCUAGAGAAGAAAGCGAAGAUCACACCGAGGAAGAGACGAGAUCACCAUCACCAGCCCCAACAAAACGAAUAACACGAAGCAGAGGACGAGGCGGUGAUGGUGGGUAUGUCGGCAGAUUAGCAGAGUCUCCUCCUCCCCCGCCUCUGCGAAGACGUGGGCGCGGCGGAAGAGGGCGAGGCCGUGGAAGAGGUGCUGCUCCUCCGCCAGCGUACUCGCCGCCACCCGUUCUACUACCGGGGGAUGAUGAAAACAGUCUCUACAAUAUACUUCGCUUUAACAAAACAGCGAUAAAUCAAGUGGUAGACAUGUGGAUAGAAGAGUACAAGAGCAACAGGGAGAGUGCCCUGGUGCAAUUGAUGCAGUUCUUUAUUAACUCGUCUGGUUGCCGCGGUAAGGUCACCCCCGACAUGGCACAGAUGGACCACACACUUAUUAUCAAGAAGAUGACACAAGAAUUUGAUGAGGAAAGUGGGGAAUAUCCUCUCAUUAUGACAGGACAGACAUGGAAGAAAUUCCGCUCAAACUUUUGUGAGUUUAUACAGACACUGGUGAAAAUGUGUCAGUACUCAAUUAUUUACGACCAGUACCUGAUGGACAACAUCAUCUCCCUGCUCACUGGCCUCUCAGAUUCGCAAGUGAGAGCUUUCAGGCACACAGCUACACUCGCUGUGAUGAAGCUGAUGACGGCGCUGGUGGACGUGGCUCUGCUGACGAGCGUGAACUGCGACAACUGCCUGCGCCAGUACGAGGCCGAGCGGCUCAAGGCGCGGGACAAGCGCGCCAGCGAGCGCCUCGAGGUGCUGGUCGCCAAGCGCCAGGAGCUGGAGGAGAACAUGGAGGAGAUCAAGAACAUGCUCUCCUACAUGUUCAAGUCCGUCUUUGUGCACCGAUACAGAGAUACGCUGCCCGAUAUCAGAGCCAUUACGAUGUCGGAAAUAGGUAUCUGGAUGGAGAAGUUCCCUGCACACUUUCUCGACGAUCUGUAUCUUAAAUAUAUCGGAUGGACCCUUCACGACAAAGUCGGCGAAGUCCGGCUGCGAUGUCUGCAAGCGCUGCAGCCGCUGUACGAGUGCGAGGAGCUGAAGGGCAAGCUGGAGCUGUUCACGUCCAAGUUCAAGGACCGCAUCGUGUCCAUGUCGCUGGACAAGGAGACCGAGGUCGCCGUGCACGCCGUGCGACUCGUCAUCGCCAUCCUCAAGAUGCACCCCGACGUGCUGACGGACAAGGACUGCGAGAACGUGUACGAGCUGGUGUACUCGUCGUGGCGCGGCGUGGCGGCGGCGGCGGGCGAGUUCCUCAACGUGCGGCUGUUCCGCUGCGACGAGGCGCCGCCGCCCGCGCGCUCGCGCCGCGGCAAGGCGCGCCUGCCCAACACGCCGCUCGUGCGCGACCUCGUGCAGUUCUUCAUCGAGUCCGAGCUGCACGAGCACGGCGCCUACCUCGUCGACUCGCUCAUCGAGUCCAACCCCAUGAUGAAGGACUGGGAGUGCAUGACCGACCUGCUGCUGGAGGAGGCGGGCGCCGGCGAGGAGGCGCUGGACAACAGGCAGGAGUCGUCGCUGAUCGAGCUGAUGGUGUGCUGCGUGCGGCAGGCCAGCACCGGCGAGCCGCCCGUCGGCCGCGGGGCCUCGCGCAAGCACCACCACAUGCUGUCGAAGGAGCAGGCCAAGAUGGUGAGCGACGACCGCGCCAAGAUGACGACGCACUUCAUGGUGACGCUGCCGGCGCUGCUGGACAAGUUCGGCGCCGACCCGGAGAAGCUCACCAACCUCGUGGCCAUCCCGCAGUACUUCGACCUGGAGCUGUACACCACGCAGCGGCAGGAGGGCAACCUGACGCUGCUGCUGAACAAGAUCCGCGAGAUCGUGAAGGUGCAGACGGAGGCCGAGGUGCUGGAGACGUGCGGGCGCACGCUGGAGGUGCUGUGCGGCGAGCAGCACGCCGUGUACACGCGCUGCAACGUGGCGCGCGCCACCGUCACCGACAUGUGCGUCAACCGCUACAAGGAGGCCAUCGACGACUACCGCAGCCUCGUCGAGGGCGGCGAGACGCCCGACGCCGACGAGGUGUUCAACGUCAUCAACUCGCUGCGCAAGGUGUCCAUCAUGUACAUGUGCCACAACCUCAACGACACCAACAUCUGGGACUCGCUGUUCGAGGACCUGCCCAAGUGCGUGCGGGGCAACGAGUCGGGCAUGCCGGCGCAGGCGCUGGUGUACGCGGUGCGCGCCUGCUUCUACUCCGUGCUGUGGUCGCUGCACGAGCUGGAGGAGCGCGGCGAGGGCGGGCCGCUGCGCGAGCGCCUGGCGGCCUACUGCGCGCUGUGCCGCGACGUGGUGGCGCGCGGGCUGUCGGCCGAGCUGCGCGAGGAGGCCUACACCAGCAUCUGCGACCUGCUCAUCUUCUUCGCCGAGCAGGCCGGCGCGCGCCGCCCGGCGCUGGAGGCCGACGCCGCGCUGUGCGACCUGCUCAACGACUUCGUGCAGGAGUUCGUCUUCGUGCACCACAACUACGACGGUCAAGACGAGAGACGCAUCGAGGAGUUACACAAGCGACGCAACUUCCUCGCCGCGUACUGCAAGCUCAUCGUGUACAACGUGGCGCCCAUUCGCCGAGCCGCCGACGUCUUCAAGCACUACAUCAAGUGCUACAACGACUACGGGGACAUCAUCAAGGCCACGCUGAGCAAGGCGCGCGAGAUCAACAAGCUGAGCUGCGCGCUGACCAUGGAGCUGGCCAUGCAGGCGCUGUACGCCGAGCUGGUGCAGCGCCACGCCUCGCCGCACCGCCAGCUGCCCGAGUUCCUCGAGCUCAAGGAGCUGGCCAAGCGCUUCUCCGUCAUGUUCGGGCUGGACGCCGUCAAGAACCGCGAGGCGCUGACCGCGCUGCACCGCGCCGGCGUCUCCUUCGCCGCGCUCGACCCGCCGCGGCACCUGCUGUUCCUCGAGCCGCUCGCCGAGUUCUCCGGCAAGCUGCUGCGCCAGGACAAGCGCGCCGUGCUCAAGUUCGCGGAGUCUCGCUUCUCGACGAUGCAGUGGGGCGAGGAGUGGGCGCCGCUGCUGGCCUACCGCAACUCGCUGCUGACCGACGCGCCCGACGAGCGGCCGCCGCCCGCGCGCCGCCACUACACGCGCCGCAACCGCGGACAGAACGAGGAGGAGGAGGGCGACGACAACGCGGACUCGGACGCGGAGGCCGUGUGAGCCCUCCGGCCGCCCGGCCCGUGCCCCGUCGGCCGGUUUCGAGACGACACUCGAAGAUGAUAUUUAUUCCGUUGUAACUUGCUCGCUUCGAUUCCUGGAUUUGUAUAAAGCAUCGAUAUUGACAAUACU